AUGUCUGAUCAAACUGGUACAGCUGGCACCGCCCUGGGCGCGACCAGUCUCUUCCUUCAGAUCUUCCAGGGCUGUGUUGAUGGUUUCUCCGUAUGGCAAAAAGGCGAAGCGCUAGCCUCCGACGCGCUUAUUUUCAAAGCUCGUCUCGAGAUGCAAGCUGCUCGAUUCAAGGCCUGGGGUCUAGACUGGGGAUUUGACCGGGGACCUGACGCGGCUAGUUGGAGAGACAAUCGCUUCAUCGAGAACGGAGACCUCGCUGUGAAAUAUGUUGUCAUCAUCUACGGUUUCUUGGACUCACUUGGUGAACUAUCCCAAGAGUUCCCGGUGUUGGCGUCUGCGGAGAAUGUCCCUGUUUCAGCGGCGACUUCGCUCGGGGCUAUGCUCCGAAUGGCGUUUAAGGACUCUCAGGAGCGGGAAGAGUGGGCGAAGAAGCUUGAAGCGAUGCGCGAUGAGGCCAAAGUGUCGGAGAAACUGCGAUGGGCUCUCAAAGAAGGGGAGAUCACAAAGACACUCGAGCUUCUUGAGUCUAUAAUUGAUGAUCUCUGCAAGUUCUUCAAACCGCCUGAGAAUGACCCCGUCGCGUUGCAAGUUGCGAAUUCUCUACUCUCAUCGCUUAACAUCACUAAGCUGAACGCUGUCGCUGCGGGCGCGCCAGAUGACUCGAUGCUUCAGAGUCUAGCUCUCCUCAAGGUUAUGGUUCUGCAACUUCAACUCGGUGCUCGCAAUGCAGAGAAGGUCGAUGAGAAAGAUAGAUUGCUCCGUGAAACGGGACAGCUCGAUGAGCGAACGAGGCGAUCAGUUGGGGUAUUUCGGAAGGGGACGGCCUCUACGGAUGUUUUGGUGGAGUGGAAACUGAUCGAUGGCUCUCAUAUCCCUCCUGGACACACUGCAGCAACGUAUCGCGCAAUGUCAGGUAAUCGCAUCAAGAAUCUGGCGCGACUUCUCAAAUGGAGCUCAAGGCUUGGAGAUCUCAGAACAUUGGACUGUAUUGGAGUCAUCACCCGCGAUGGGCCGUCCGAUGAUGAAGUUCGAUACGGAAUCAUCUUCAGCACGCCAGCAAAAGAGUACAAAACACUAAAGACUAUCCUCGAGGGGCCACAGGACAAUAUCUACCUCGAUGACUGGUUCAGAGUCGCGAAGAGCGUGACGCGAGCGGUGCUGUGUUUGCACCUGGCAGGCUGGCUGCACAAAGGACUUCGCAGCGAGAACAUUCUGUACUUCCAGGAUGAUGCAGGUGACAUCUCUUACGAAGAGCCUUACCUAGCCGGUUUCGAGUACAGUCGAGAGAUAUCAGCGCCAGGGCAAACAGAGGGCGUGACAGAUGAUCUAGAAGCGAAUCUGUACCGACAUGAAGAAGUCCAAGGGGUACCUGAAGAGCCUUCGGGCGGUGAUCAAGGGAAACCAGCCAAAACUUCUUUUGCAAUGAAGCAUGAUAUUUAUAGUAUCGGCAUCCUACUACUUGAGCUGGGGCUUCAAACCACCAUAGUUCAAUUGUACGAAGAAGCUAUACAGACCGAGAACUACGAGCAUUCCGCCUCUGCAUUUCGGGAAUGGAUACUGAGCAAGGCACUCCCGAAGAUUGGGCGAUCAAGGGGAAAAGAGUAUAUGAGGGCUACAGAGUUAUGUCUGGAGUCGGAGUUUGAGGGGACUUCCCCGGACGAGCUGCAACAGGCAUUCUACAAGAGCGUUGUGAGACCGAUAAGUUGCUCUUGGGGGAGGUGA